AUGUCAAAAAAGAAUCAAUAAGAAUCCAAUAAUAUUAGAGUUGUCUUGCGUUGUAGACCUCUAAAUAAAUUAGAAAUAGAAUAAGGUGGCGAAUAAUGCGUGAAGAUUGUAGAUGAUUCAACUGUUUAAGUUAUUGUUGCAGGUGAAGAACAGCCACAUUAAUUUAGUUUUGAUAAAAUCUUUCCAUCAGAUACCCGAUAAAUAGAUGUUUUUAAAGAAGUAGGUUAGCCUGUACUUGAAUGUAUUAUGCAGGGCAUAAAUUCAACAAUAUUUGCAUAUGGACAGACAUCGUCAGGAAAAACACAUACAAUGGAAGGAAAGCAUGAUGAUCCAGAAUAUAUGGGACUUAUUCCGCGUAUGAUGGAUAAAUUAUUUGAUAUGAUAGCUGAUGCUCCUAGCACUAUAGAAUUUAGUAUAAAAGCAUCUUUUUUGGAAAUUUAUAAUGAAAAAAUACAUGAUUUACUUGACCCUUCAAAAACUAAUUUGAAUGUUAAGGAGGACAAAUUAAGAGGAAUUUUCGUUUAGGAUGCAACAGAAGCUUUUGUUGUUAAGGCAUCAGAUAUGAUGAAAGUUAUGAGAAAAGGAGCUGAUAAUCGUUCCGUUGCAGCCACUCGUAUGAAUGAAAGGUCGUCAAGAUCUCACUCUAUUUUCCUAUUAACAUUAAUAUAAAAAAAUACUGAAACAGAAACUAGUCGUCUUAGCAAACUAUAUUUCGUAGAUUUAGCAGGAAGUGAAAAGAUUGCUAAAACUCACGUAUCUGGUUAACAACUGGAAGAAGCUAAGAAUAUUAAUAAGAGUUUGACAUGCCUUGGUAUAGUUAUAAACUCUCUUUCAGAGAAGAAAGAGCAUAUCCCUUAUAGAGAUUCUAAAUUAACAAGAAUUCUAUAAGAGUCUAUUGGUGGUAACUCUAAGACAACUCUAAUUAUUGCAUGCUCUAUGUGUUCCUAUAAUGAUAAAGAAACAAUAAGUACCCUUAGAUUUGGACAAAGAGCUAAAAGCAUUAAAAAUUAAGCUAAAGUUAAUGAAGAAAAAAGUGCCAAAGAGUUGAUGCAGCUUUUAGCAAAAGCUGAAAAUAUGAUUAAAUAUAAAGACGAAAUUAUCGCUGCUCUACAAUAAUAGCUGGGACAAGAAAAUAUAACUCCCGUAGCUCCUAAUAAAUAACUUUCAAAGUCUAAUUCCGUAGCCGACAUUAGCUUUAGCUUUAAUAGAUAAUUAACUAGAUCAGAAACAGAAAUAGAAGAAAAUACAAGAAAUAUAGAAAACGAAUCUCCAAGUAUUUAAUUAAAACCUGUAGCACCAUAAGAAUAAUAAGAAACAGCCAAGCCAAAAAAAUCAACCCCAACAAAUAAAUUAGGAGGUGUUCAAAAAUAAAAUAAUCCCAAUACAUCCAGAAAAUUGUUAGAGUAACAUUUAGAGAUAAUCAAGCUAAAAGAAAAAAUAGAAAAAUUAGAGGGAGAAAAACAUGAUCUAGAAAUAGAUCUUGCAAAUAAAACUACUGAACUGCAAAUGUCAAAUGAAAAAUGCAAAUCUAUGUCAGAGGCUAUGGAGUAAACUUACACUGAUUGCGAGGCAUAGCUUAAAAAGUAUUAAGAUUAAAUGGAGAAUAUGCAAGUAGAUACUUUAGAAUGGAAUACAUACACAAGAGAACUUAAAAAAUCUACCAAUCGUCUUUAAUCUGAUUUAAACUAUUUACUUCUAUCAACUGAAAUCAAAUCUAUGGACAUUAAAAAUAUUGAUGCAAAUGGAUUUGAAAGCCAAGAAGGAAAAAUAUGCUAAACAAUUAAAAAAACUUUAGAAUAAAUAGAUGCCAUAAAUAGUUAUAUUGGUAAGUUUGAAUAAGUAUAAAGCCUACGUACUAUGACAGAAGGAAGUGAAACAGAUGAAAGAAAAAUGAAAACGGUUGGUGAUGAAGAUAAGCCUCAUAAGAAAAAAGAAGACAUCAAACUAAAAUCGUUUGUUUCCCCUAGAUCAAAGCAUGGAGGAUUUAUCCGUCUUCAACAAAGUACUUCAGAUUACAAUGAGGUUUUAUCAACUGAAGCUGAUGACGUUAUAUUCACUGAAGACUCCAUUCCUUCGACAACCAGCAACACAGGCACAAAUGGCAGCAAUUACUUGAAAGACAACAACAUGCAACAACCAACAGAUCAAUUGAUUAUGGAAAGGAAUGAGAGUGAAGAUGAAGAUCACACAGAGGAAGAGGAAGAUAUUAAAGAUAUUAUUGAAAUAACAAAAUCAAUAACAAGUCUUGAUGAAGUGCAAAGAGAAGAACUCAUGACAUACAUAAUUUCAAUUAAAAGAUAAGUAAGAAAGCUAACUCAACAAAAUAAAGAAUAUGUUCUUAAUAUUGAGAAUUACUAAUCUUCUAGCGAUUGCUAGAUUCAAAAGUAUAAGAAGAAGAUUCAAGAGAUUAAAAAAACUCUUAAUCAAAAAUUAAAAGACUAAGAAAUAAAACUCCUGAAUUUGAGUACUAAACUGAAUGAAAAAGCAACUGAAAUAAAGAAUCUAACUCUUAAGCAUGAAAAGGAGCUGAUUGAUAAAAAUCAAACCUAUGCUAAUCUGAAAGUGGAAUUCGAGAACUUGAAAAAGGUCAUUUCUUCUAAUCAUCCAGUUUCUAAAAUUGCGGAAUUAUAAUAAAAAAUUAAAGAGCUUGGUACAGAUAGAUAAAAGCUAUUUAAUGAGUUAUUUGCUGCUCGUAACGAACUUGAUCAGAAAGAAAUAACCUUGAAAGAAAAAGAUUCAUAAAUCCAAUUAAUGCGCAAGACCAUGCAAAAACAAAAUGGUGAAUUUAACAAUAUAAAAUCAGGUGGAGAUUUUCUUGUCUCUUCAAGAGGAGCUCUCCUUGAAAGAAAAACAACAGUCAACGAUCUUGAUUCAAGCGGAUAAAAAUAAAAAUCUAUUUCUUUAAAAUCUCACAUUGCUCCUUCUAUCAGAGGAGGCGGAGGAGAUUUUGCUUCUUUUUAGAAAAACAAUUAAUAUUUACUCAGUGAUGAAGCAAAUGAAGACAAUUAUGAUGAUAAUACUGAUCCAAAACUACGCAAUACCAAAUAAUAAGAAAUAAGCAAGAGCAUAAAUACAUUUGAUCAAAAAAUGAAACAUGCUCAACUCUCAAGUACUAAAAAAACUAUGAAUCGUAUUGAUGAAGAAGAUGAUAUGGCUAAUGAUUUUGCACAAAUUGAACCUUCUGCAUUUGAAUUAGAAAAGAAAUUUAACAUAAUUGGGUAAAAAAAGAUAGAAACUGAAAAAUCUACCACAUCUUCAAUAUUUGGAGCAGUCAAAAAAAUUUUUAUGUGA